AUUCACAGAUUGAUCAACCUGCCAUUGCAUGAGCAAAUGCGUUGUAAGAGAGGCUUGGAUGCUAUUGUAAUAAUAGCUGGGGCAGGAAAGGGGACUGGUGGCGAUGCAGCUCUCUCUGGUUGUUAACAGGGUUUUUAAUUAUCUUUAAGCUUUCUUUGGAAAAACAAAAAUACUGAAUUUUUUUAUCUUAAUCACCCUUACCCCAAAGGAAGACAGUCAUAUAUUAGACUUUAUUAUGCUGGCUGGCUUGUUGAUCUUUCCUGCAUUGGGACCAGUUUCUUUUGUUUCCCCCCUUUAUCUUCUCAAAUGCUAUUUUCUCGUCUCAAGCUAUAGGCCACUUCCCCAUCACAUUGGUUUUGUUCUUCCUGCUUGAGGUGAGAAACUGGCACCCAGUUUUCUUUCCUGCUCUUCCCCAUGUCUCCUUCAUCAGAAAGGUCUGUCAGCUAGGGAGUUGGCAGCAGGGCCAAGCCAGCCAUCCUUUUUUCCAUUUCAUUUUGUUCAGCCCAGUCAAUAACUUAAGUACUGGACUCCCAGGAUCAUCUGCAAUUUCCCACCCUCCCUCCCUUGAUUCGUUUGGCCAUUGUCUUCUGUAUGGAGAAGUUUUCUGGCUGGAGAAUGAGUUUCCUUUCUCCUGGAGAUGCGGCCGAGUGGCUGGAUAGCAGCACAGAAGAUGAGCGAAGCCUCCUGUCAUUUCUUGGUACGGUAGGCUUGGAAUGCUACUUCUUUCAAACAUUUAAUUGACAUAGACCUCUUAGGUGGGUUUGGUUUUUCAUCCUGGAAUUGUCAGAGGAAUGCGUUUAGUUGCACUCUGUAAUGAGGCACGAGUUCUAAAGUUUGCCGCAACUUAGAAGAUCUUUAUUAAAUAGAUAAAAGCUGGAGUAAUUUGUGUGUAUCACAGUAUUUGCUUAUACAAAUAUAGUUUCUAAAAACAUUUGAUUGUUCUGUUUAGUCUGCAAGUUUAUAGAUCACUUGGCCCACUGGAAUCUGACUAACUAGAACUCACUAACCUAAGAGGAUCUAUUUUUAGCAAUGUAUUGCACAAGGUACCUAUCACAGUUUUCUCUCAAAACUUUUCUUUGCAAAGCACCAUGUACGUUGGAUGGUUUCUAUAGUAUAUAGUGAAAAUCCUGGAGAUCCCAUUAGAAUGCCAGCCAUUCUACUUCUCCAGUAUGACUUAAUUCUGAAAUUCAACUCGUGCGAACUAAAUCAGUAAAGUAGCAGAUAAAAUGGUUCGUGACCUUUGAUGUUUUGCUUGUUUGUUUCCUACCCUUCACCCUAAGCAUUGAAACAACAUAAAAACCAUUUAAGCUAGUUAGCGAGAAGUUAAUAUAAAGCGGAAAGUUGUUCACUUUACAUUUUGUGCUGUAGAACUUGGGAAGUGUUGUCCAACUAUGUAGUUCUUUCUCACAAUGUCCAGCCAGAUGUUUCUUGGUCCUCACCAGGAGGGCAUAGGGGUGGCCUUUUCCUGCUAUUUUCCUCCUCGGGACACAGAGGGAUGCUGGCUGCUACCUUCCAUUGAACUGUCAUGACUAAUAAGCUGUGGGAGAGUCUUUGCUCUAUUCCUUUGUCUAACCCAAAGCCAUUGAAACUUCUGUUAUUUUACAUUUUGGCUCCUUGGUGUAUGUAGAACAUGGCUUUUGAGUUUUAUUACCGUUUUGAGUUGAACUUUCAAGAAACCUGGCAAAUUAUGCAUGUGUCAAUGUUUAAUAGAAGUUGUACAUAGUGUUGGCUUGCAGUGACGGUGGGGUUGUCACCCAUAUUACUUGCUUGCAGAAAUACAUACAUACUGGUUGUUCAUGUUAAAUGCACCUAUAAAGUCAUUUGGAGUAUAUUCAUAUGGUUCCAGGGUGUGUUACCAGGAGCAGUACCAUCACCCUAUAAAAAUUUAGAGCUGUGACAAUACAAUAAAUGCUGAGAUUGUUUCAUUUAUAUGCUAAAUCCCGAAUUCUCGGGUAGUUUGCUAUCUUUUUCAUGUUUUUUUUUUUAACCAAAAUGUUGAAAUUUGUUUAAAAGAGAUUAACAGGAGCAAAUACUCAUGGGCCAUACAGAAGUCUCAGCAUCCCCAAUUUUGUACCCUGUUUUAGGCCAUAUUACAAUUGCAUGAUAUUGGUUUGGAGCACAAGCAUGAUGGGUACUUAAAUGAAACAUUUCUGUAGGUCAGCAAGUUUGAUGUGCCAUAAUUGUUGGUUGAACUUCCAAAAUUUUGGUCUCUUGCAAAAUUGUAUUUGGCAGUUGUUUUCAUGUCAUAAAAGUGAACCUUUUAUUCAUUUUUUACUUGUUUAUCCUAUGCAGGGCUUUCUCCAAGGAGCUCAUGAUAGCAUACGUGGAUGUUUCCACAUUUUUAAAAAUCCUUUUCAGCAGUCCUAAAAUUAGAAUAGGCUGACCUGACUUGAGUGGGUUUGGCCCUGCAAGCCUAACGCUUUUUUGAUGUUUCUAGAUCCAGCCUUAGGUAUUUGUAUACUCAAGGAAAGAUUGAAAGGCUCCUUCUCCCUUGCCUCUGUGCCAAAUGGUAGAACUUCUGAGCCACCCUGCUUGCUCCUCCAGUUUGCAGGGCCCUGACAAAGGCAUUCGCCCAUUCCAACAAGCCAUCCAUGGCUGGUGUCUCCAGGUUGCUUCCUCUAGUCUAAAGCUAUGAAGAUCCUUGGUCUUUGACUGGAUUACAACCGGGCACUUCCUGUUCACCCGCCUGAUGUUUUACUUCAGCUGCUCCUAUAUCAGAUUUCUCAACCCAUUUCUUCCUCCUGCUGUUGUGAUCCUUUGAAUACUGUUUGGUAUUUCCUGACUUCCUCUCUGUAGGCCUUAGACCAAGGAUAGAGAACAUUUGGCCCUCCAGAUGUUGUUGGACUCCGUCUCCCAUUAGCCCUGGCCACCAUGGCCAAUGGUCAGGGAUGAUGGACCUGUAGUCAAGCAACAACUGAAGGGCCACAGGUUUCUCAUACCUACCUGGGACCUUUCAUCUUCCUCCUACCACCCUGUAUUCCCAAGUAAAAGAAAGCAUGUCAGUUGGUUAGAGCGUGGCGCUGAUAACAUCAAGAUUGUAGGUUUGAUCCCCAUAUGGGACAGCUGUAUAUUCCUGCAUUGUAGGGAGGUGGACUACAAUUGCAACUCUACAACUCUAUGAUUCAAAAUGACUCUGGGAAAUGAAAGCCCCUUUCCUCUCCCGUUUCAGUAAAAAGUACUGUAUUAUGUCCGGUACAGAUGUAAAACUGCCCCAAAAGUAACUAUAUUUGGGAGUGGACAAAAGUGAUUGUGUGCUCUCUCCCUCUAAUACCUUCUGUCUCCUUUAAUUGUGGUUUGGCAUCCAGGGAGCUCUCCUGAAUUCAGGUUUGAAACCCCAAAAUGGGCCUGAAUAAUGGGUGUGGGUGGGUGUUAUAUCAGGGCAAGGUAGUUACGCUGUCAGGGCAGCUCUGUCCUGCGAUCCCAUUAAAGUCAAGCAAAAGGAUUAAAGGUUCUUAAACCAGACCACCAGUUUACAGGAAAUCCACAGGCCUGUUAGCUGGAUGUUUGAUUGAUGAAGACUUGUAGUGCAUCACUUUAUGCUCUAAGGGCUCUACUCUAAUGGCUAAAUGUGAUUUUCAUGUUUUAUCACUGUCUUUCCGGAAACUCAUUAACUGUAAGGUUGUAACACUUUGAUUUGAAGAAAGCCUCUUUCCUCCUGCCUUGUUCUUGAAGAAUUAUUGAAUGAGUGUGUUACUGGUUCAAGUCUUCUCUCAGCCAUGAACUCCCCAGGUACUUUUAGGCAAGCUCUGAAGCAUCUGCAACAUGAGGAUAGUAAAACUGACCUACUUUGCAGGGAUAUUGUAAGAAUUACUGAGAAGACAUAUGAAGUGCCAUGAAUACUCAAAAAGUUCUGUAUAAAUUCUGUGGGGGUUUUGCCCUACUGUAUAUAUAUGCUAAAAAGAAAGGGCUGCUCUGUAAUUUGUCUCCGAAGGCUUUUGCCAUUUCGUGAAUAAUUACUUGAGCUUGUUUCAAUUUACAAAUGUUAUUUAACAGCUAAUCAAAACAUUUGCAAAUACUAAUAUCUGCCACGUAAUAGAUUUCCAUAAUAUGAGUGUGUGUUUGUGUGCAUGCAUUUGCACACACAUCUUUGUGUACUGGUGAUGAAGGAUCCCAUUCGCGUUUGAGCUGUAUAGAGAGACUGGACUAAAGGUUUUAGGCUCCUGUUGAUUCUCAGAGACAGUAUGAUCUGGGCCCUAGUGAAUGAGUCAUGCAGUGAAUUGUGGUAAUUUAAUAUUUUAAGAUGAAGAGGUGCAUUGAUUUUUUUGCAGCAGAUGAAAAUAAUGCAAAAGCACUAUGUUAUAUGCAUUGGGAGAAGAGGGCAACAAUCUAAUUUUGGCCUGGUGGCAAUAGUAUAGAUUUUCCAGCCAACUCAGCAGAAAAGCCAUUUUAAGGGCACAGAAACAGCAGCUGCAGUAUUUUCAGUAAGUUGAUGCGCAGUUAGAAGUACCUGUGAUGGCUAACAGCAGCCUUCUUAUUUUGCUAUGCCUAGUCCAUCAAUUGCAAAGUUGAAGUUUAUCUCAUCUUUAUCUGGAUUUAUCUUCUUACUCUCUUUAAUAAAGUGUCUGGCCUUUCUGAAAUCGGAAGCUUGCAGGCUGGCUGAUCUCUAGGUCACUUAUUUCUGGUAGGUGGAAGUUGCGUUGGGAAGUGUGGAUUUUCUUCUUCCCUCCUUUAAAACAAGACCUCCCACCCCCACCCCCCAAAAAUACAGCAGUCUGUUGUUGACAGGCGGAUCCAGACUUAUGCUUCUUCAUGUAUGACUCUGCAAAAUCCAACAGACUGUGUUAAAUUACUACAGAUGCUUUGAUAAGGAGGAGCAAUUUUCCUGAGUGAGCAUAUAGCAGGACUAGCAAAGCCUCACUGCAAUGUUUGACUGUGCCGGAACUGGAGUAAAAGCACAUAUUUUAGUUCCUUCUUUUCCAAAUAUGCUCUAUCUUUACUUUUUGCCUUUUUUUGUAUUUGUUUUUCUGAAGAACAAAUGACAUUUGUGGUUUUAUCCAGCAUACUGCCUGCAAAGAUAUUGGCUUCUUUUUUUACCUUUUGUGGAAAAGAAGGCAUCAUUUUGGAAUAGAUCCAGCAAUCUCUGCAAAGGAUUUUGAGAGACUUAAAAACAUAGUAAUCCUGAAAGAAGGAGCAGACAGUCCAUGAGUUGUGGAGAGAGAUACUACCCUGUUUUUAUCACCAGUUUAUGCUGAAGGGUGGUUACAAGUGAAGGAUCUCUGUUGCAGACUACAAUUUCCCUCCUGCAUGGAGAAAUCUACCUCUUCAGUUUUAAACCUAUGGCUUGGUUGACUUUGGAAUAUCUCCCAAAUGCUGCCUUUUACCCAUUUUUUUUUUUUUUUGCAAUUUUCUGGAUACAGAGUUAACAUUGUCAUUCACAUUUAAACAAGAAGAGAUAUAUCCUGUGGUGUGAAGCUCUUCACAGUUUGUCAGGAUCCAGUUUUCUUCUGCCAUCUCUCAUCAUGUCAAAUUUCCCCCCCUUUAAGUCUUCAUGGAUGCAUCGUGCUGUAGACCUGGUAAAAUCAGACUCUGUUAUGCAAAAGCAUCACAGAAGGAUUUGUUGGUGGGAAUCUUGUCGUGGGUAUGUUUUUGUGAAGAAAACCUCCUUUUCUGGAACUCAGCUGGUCGCGCCUCUCCUUUGACUCGGAGGAUCGGGAUGAAUAGGGAAAUAUUCUGAAACUGAGGAGAGCUGGCUGCUGAGUGUCUGUUAAUAGCUUGAAAGUAACUGAUGAGGAGGAUGUACGUUCGAAACGAUUGAUUGAAUAGCUGCAGUCUUCUCGUGUCCUCCUUGCUCUCUGCAAGCUGUAGAGAGGGGAGGGGGAAGAGUGGGGAAAAGCCGGCUUUCUCUUAAGUGGAAGUAGCACGGAUCCCAAGGGCCAGGAGGCCAGAAAUGGAACUUUAAGCUGCAUCUGUCUCCCGAAAGGAGAACAGCGGGAAUAAAAAAAUGCCAGCCUUCGGAGUCAUAGUUUACUCCCUUCCUUUUCAAUCCCGAAGAUAACAAUGGACUUUUUCUUAGGAUGUGGUUUUCUCUAUUCUGUGCGGAGCGUCUUUCAGUUAAGCUGCAUUCCUUUAAGCUUAGGUUUGUGAACUGGAAAUGGGCAGCAGUUGUGAUAAAGAGGUCCCAGCAGAGAGGUCUCCUCGCAGGCGGAGCAUCUCAGGGACAAGCACAUCAGACAAAACCAACCCCAUGGACCCAACAAAUACAUCUCCAUUCAAAGUGCCGGGCUUCUUCAGUAAACGGCUUAAAGGGUCAAUCAAAAGAACAAAGAGCCAAUCGAAAUUGGAUAGGAAUACCAGCUUCCGUCUUCCAUCCCUUCGACCCACUGAGGACAGGUCUCGUGGUUUGCCAAAGCUGAAAGAGUCUCGUUCUCAUGAAUCUUUGCUGAGUCCAGGCAGUGCUGUAGAGACAUUAGAUCUUGGGGCAGAAGAGAGAGUCUUCGUCAAGCCACUUCAUAGCAGCAUACUGGGACACGACUUCUGCUUUGAGGUAACUUAUUCCUGCGGCAGUAAAUGUUUCAGCUGCUCCUCAGCGGGAGAAAGAGACAAGUGGAUGGAAAACCUGCGGAGGGCAAUCCAACCAAACAAGGACAACUGCCGACGAGCAGAAAACGUGCUCCGCCUUUGGAUCAUCGAGGCAAAAGACCUGGCCCCCAAGAAGAGGUACUUUUGCGAGUUAUGCGUGGACGAUACCUUAUUUGCCCGCACAACCAGCAAAAUGAAAAACGACAACAUCUUCUGGGGAGAGCACUUUGAAUUCUCUGGCCUUCCACCUGCCCACAGCAUCACCAUCCACAUCUAUAAAGAUGUUGAAAAGAAAAAGAAAAAGGACAAGAACAACUAUGUGGGUCUGGUCAACAUCCCCAUAGCUGCUGUGACUGGUCGGCAAUUCGUGGAGAAGUGGUACCCCAUCAGCACCCCCACGCCUAAUAAAGGGAAGACAGGUCCAUCCAUACGGAUAAAAUGCCGUUACCAGACAAUUACCAUCCUCCCCAUGGAGCAAUACAAAGAAUUUGCUGAGUUUGUGACCAACAACUACACAAUGUUAUGCUCCGUUCUGGAGCCAGUCAUCAGUGUCCGGAACAAAGAGGAGAUGGCCUGUGCUUUAGUGCACAUUCUUCAGAGCACUGGCAGAGCCAAGGACUUCUUGACUGACUUGGUGAUGUCCGAGGUCGAUCGUUGCGGGGAGCAUGAUGUGUUGAUCUUCAGGGAGAAUACACUUGCCACUAAAGCCAUUGAAGAAUACCUCAAGCUAGUGGGACAGAAGUAUCUGCAAGAUGCUCUCGGUGAAUUUAUCAAGGCAUUGUAUGAGUCGGACGAAAACUGCGAAGUGGAUCCCAGCAAAAGUUCACCAAGCGAGCUGGCCGAUCACCAGGCCAAUCUGAAAAUGUGUUGCGAGCUAGCCUUCUGCAAGAUCAUCAACUCCUACUGUGUCUUUCCCCGGGAGCUGAAGGAGGUGUUUGCAUCAUGGAAGCAGCAGUGCCUCAACAGGGGGAAGCAAGAUAUCAGUGAACGCUUGAUCAGUGCCUCGCUUUUCCUCCGUUUCCUCUGCCCAGCCAUCAUGUCUCCAAGUCUCUUCAACCUCAUGCAAGAGUACCCCGAUGACCGCACCUCUCGGACACUCACGCUAAUUGCAAAGGUUAUCCAAAAUCUGGCAAAUUUCACAAGAUUUGGGAACAAAGAAGAAUAUAUUACAUUUAUGAAUGACUUUCUCGAGCAUGAGUGGGGUGGCAUGAAACGCUUCCUGAUAGAAAUUUCUAAUGUGGACACCAUCUCCGGCACUCCAGGAUUUGAAGGCUUCAUAGAUUUGGGACGGGAGAUCGCGGUCUUACAUUCCUUGCUGUGGGAAGUUGUAUGUCAGCUGGACAAGGGUGAAAAUUCCUUCCUACAGGCAACGGUAGAAAAAUUGGGACCUCUGCCACGCAUCCUCGCAGAUAUUGCGAAGGCCACAACAAACCCCACGCCGAUCCAGCAGCAAUUGAGACGCCUGGCAGAUCACAACUCAAGCCCCAACGUCAGCCUCUCCUCGGGGCUGCAAAAAAUCUUUGAGGACCCUGUUGACAGUGAGGUCAAAUUGAAGUCGCCACCCCAGGAAAAUGAAGGGUACUUCAAAGGCAAGUUGUUGCUGAUUCAACAGUCAUCGUCACGAAGUGUGACUUACUCAGACAAGAGUGACGAGACUAACAUGCCCAAUGUCCGAAGCAUAUCGCUGAUGGAUCUCCAAGAUCCCAAUGUUGUGCAGUGUGAUCCUGGGUCCGUGAUGCACGAUGCUCCGGUACGUUUAUCCGGCAGCCAGCUUUCUGUCAGCCAGGUGGCGAACAUCAAGCAGCUCCACAGCACACCACAGAGCACCCCUCAGGCAAGGAGGCCUCUGCACACAGCACACAACCAGCCGGGUCCUCUACAGGCCCUUUCCUUCCAGAACCCUGUUUACCAUAUGAACAACCCUGCCCAGCCCAUGCCCAAGGUGUCCAUGGACUCCAGCUUGGAGAACCUGAGUGUCACCAGUUCCCGGAGCCAGAAUAGCGAAGACCUUAAACUCAGCGGGCCGAGCAAUAGCAGCAUGGAGGACUUCACCAAACGCAGCACACAGAGCGAGGACUUUCCCCGGCGGGGCACAGCACUGGACAAGCAUAUGCCCAUGGUGUUACCUCGCCAGAACAGCACUGGGCAGGCCCAGAUCCGCAAAGUGGACCAAGCGGGACUGGGUGCGAGAGCCAAGGCGCCCCAGUCCCUUCCGCACAGCACUUCUCUGCGAAGCACAGGGAGCUUGUCUGUAGCAUCUGCCACAAUGGCAGCGGAGCCUCUUCAGAACGGCAAUCGGUCCCGGCAACAAUCCUCGUCCUCCCGGGAGAGCCCGGUUCCCAAAGUGCGUGCCAUCCAGAGGCAGCAAACGCAGCAGAUUCAUUCACCUGUAGACUCUGCCACAAUGUCGCCCGUGGAAAGGACAGCUGCUUGGGUCCUCAACAAUGGGCAGUAUGAAGAAGAGGAGGAAGAGGCUGAUCCAAACCAAGAUGAAGCAAAGCACGCAGAAAAGUAUGAACAGGAGAUAACCAAACUCAAAGAUCGCCUGAAGGUGUCGAGUCAGCGGCUGGAGGAGUACGAGCAACGGCUUCUGGUGCAGGAGCAGCAAAUGCAAAAGUUGCUGAUGGAAUAUAAGGCCAGGUUGGAAGACAGUGAGGAGAGGUUGCGAAGGCAGCAAGAAGAGAAGGAUAGUCAGAUGAAGAGCAUCAUUAGCAGGUUGAUGGCUGUUGAGGAGGAGUUGAAGAAGGACCAUGCCGAGAUGCAGGCGGUUAUUGACACUAAGCAGAAAAUAAUUGACGCACAGGUCUUAAAUGGGGAUGAGAUAAUUCAAGCAGGAAAAAAGAAUCCUGUCUCUGGACUCAGCCAACACGCGGCUCAUGAGUGCCCUAACGCAAGUGAAGGAACACUACAGCAUGCAGGCUCGGAACGGCAUCUCCCCCACCAACCCCACCAGGCUUUCCAUCACGGAGAACGGUGAAUUUAAAAACAGCAGCUGCUAACUGCAACUUCUCCCACCUGCCAGUUGCCAGCUCCUCAUUUCUCCCACCCACUCCAAGCCUGUCCAUACAACUCCCUCGACGUUCCUAAUGACUGCCUGCCUGCCCAGGAGGCAGCAGAAAUACUGCACAACUAGAACUUGUGGAAGAAGGUCACACCAAAACAUGCUCUCUCCUCUCUUUCCUCCCUACUCUUCUCUUCUGCCUUCUCUUUGGGGAUGGAGAAUAAGAGAUUCCUCUGUACCAAGAUGAGGAUGUCAUUGGGAAGGGACUUUUGGCGAGGCGAGAUGGCGGGAGCCACGGCAGCAUGGAGCUUCAAGGGCAGCCAUCACCAACUGCGCUGCCUGCGGCUCCCUUUGACGGGGGGAGGAAGGGAGGGGGAAGGCGGGAUUGCCAUCCCACCUCCCUCCCCCCUGUCAAAGGAAGCAGUGGCGGACCUACCUGCUCUGGCACCAGGAGUAGCAUACAUCCAGGGGCGUGGCUGGGGCGUGUCCCAGGGGGCGUGUCGCGUCGCCUGUGACAGGGGGGUGCACGGCAAGCGGCCCAGGGCAUGGCCGGCGAACACCAAGCAUCCCAUGGGUGCGCAGCGAGCGAUGAGCGUCCCAGUGGCAGGGAAGGGGGCGGCCGUGAUGUCACACACACCCCUCCGGAUGGCACCCAGGGCAGACCGCCCUCCCCCCACUCCCACCUUUGUCCGCCAGUAGCAGGCAGGCAGGCUUGGGGAGCAUUGAAGCAGCUUUGGUCAAGCCCCUUCCCAAAACCAUUCUGAUUUUGGUACAGAGAAAUCUUUAUCCUUCCAAUAACUUAGAUCCCAAAAGAGUUGAGAGGAAAGAGAGGAGACAACAUGUUUUGGUGUGACCUCCUUCCACAAGUAGUUUCACAAUCUUUCUGCUGCCUCCUGGGCCUUAACAAGGAGGUCAUCUUACAGGACUGUUUCCUCCCCUUUCCUUUGUUUCGUUUUGUUUCGUUUGCGAUGUUAGCUUUGAAUAAUUUAUUUUGAUAUGGUUUCCCCCUUAACAUAAUACCUUGUUUCCCCUUUCCCCUCUCUAAGCCUGUAUUUUUAUGCCAGUAAUGCUGGACCACUUCUGCAUUUCAUUGUCUGGGUUUGUUCUAAAGAAGAUUUAUUUUUGUUCUGUGAAUAUUUUUGAACAGUUUCUUGUAUAUGUACAGAUAUAGAUACAUUUGAGGUCUUUUAUUGAUAUUCCUACAAAGAAUUACAAAAUAAACUUUAACUUUAAACAC